AGCGACACCCCCCGAAAUCAAAGCCCUAGCAGCGACGUGGUAAAUGACACUCAACCAGCACUUAGUGGGAAAGAACCUCGGCCGUAUCGACAAGAACCAUGGCAUGAAUGUUUUACCACUGUUAAUAAAAAAGAAUUUGACGCUUUGAUCUACUCGUUAUAUGUGAUGGCCAGAGAUGAUAAAAAAUUGGACGGCUACGAAUAUUACGAGUGCAUAAAUCGACUGCAGAGCAAAUGCCGCUAUCGAGUGAGGGCCAGAAGAAUGAAUGAAUUCAUUAUAGUGGAAGAAAGAGGUGCCCACAAUCAUGCAAUGGAGCCGGUCGGUACACCGGGAACUCAUGCGGGCUUACCUAAGACACUCAGGGAGAUAGUUGAUAAGUCAUUUUAUGAAGAUUGGCCUAACGCUACUCGACAGGAAAGACUUGAAGAGGAGGUUCAACGCCUUGGCCUACCACAUAAUCCUCGACUUGGCAGACAAGUCGACAAUCGCAUUGCAUACCUGAGAAGAGUUAAGAAUCUUAAUGAGAUGAAGAAAAUUCAAGAUCAGGCUGCGCCGCUCAUCAACGAUGAAUUUAUGGCUGACGGCGACGUGAAGGCGAAUGCUUUAGCCACUGCUGUACAAGACAAAGUACAGGUUCCUGCGGCCCCAACCACUGUGAGGGGCCCUUCCGAUCUGCUGCAGUUGAUGAUGCAGGUAGGAGGGCACUCGGAGCGCUUUUCUUUGCCUUUAAUUAGUCCUGUGUGA